CAGGGCACUGAUCAGGGAAGUACGAUAUUGCUCAUAUAGGAUUUUAUCGCCUCUUUCAAGCAUAUGAGACUUAUUGAGUGUAUCGUUUUGUUCCGUUUGAGAGUUUUGCCUUCUCUCUUAGUCAGCCGCCGAACACGUUUAGUUUACAUAUCAGAACUAAUAACACGUUUACUGGCAGGUUACACCUGUGCAGGGUUUCUGUCCUAAUUAGCGAGUGUAAGAUCCCAGCAGCUACGGCAACACCACUGGUUCCUUGAAACGUCCAUUUCAGGACAGGACCAGCCUUUAGGUGUCUGAGGAUCCCACAGAGAGGAUGAUCUACAUCAUAAUGGGAGUCUCGGGCUCUGGAAAAAGCACAUUAGGAGCCUUCCUAUCAGAAAAGCUGGGCUGGCCCCUGCAUGAAGGGGAUAACUUCCACCCACCGGAGAACAUUAUGAAGAUGGCUCGUGGUGAACCACUCACAGACCAGGACAGAUUGCCCUGGCUUCUCAAACUACAUGAAGUCAUUGAGAGAGAGAGGUGUUCCGGCUGUGAUGCUCUCGUGGUGUGCUCCGCCCUGAAGCGCCUGUACAGGCAGAUCCUGCUCUAUGGCACCAAAGCCCUCACUUCCUCUUCCGGCCCAGGCCAAGAUAUCCUGCCUCCCGCCUCUCCUGAUGUCUUUUUUCUCUUCCUACACGGAGACUACGAGCUCCUUCACCAGAGGAUGGUGGCCCGUAGGGGACAUUACAUGAAAGCAGACCUGCUGCGUUCCCAGUGCGACGUUCUAGAGCCGCCGUUGGAUGAGGAGAACGUGUUGCCGCUGGACAUCAGGAGGAGCAUCCCUGAUAUGGCCAUGGAGGUCGAGAGGCACGUCAUCAGCCUCAAGUCGUCACCAACACUUUAACCACCGCAGCAGAUCGAAAGAGAGGCCAGCGUCAGUUUUCAGCCAUGCUUUUAGAGAUGGUAGCUCGGUCCUCCACUCCGGUCCAGACUGAAAUAUCUCAUCAACCGUCAGAUGGAUUGGCAUGAAAUUAGCCGCAGAUACUCAGGUUCCCUGCAGAGUGAAUUUUAACGGCUGCCUUGAUCUGCUGACAUCUCUUGUAGCGCCACCUGCAGGUGAAAGUUUUUUACUCAUUCAGUCGAGCCGACGCUGGUAACUUUCUGACUUUUCCCUAAGUGCCACCAUGAGGUUGAUGUUCGUGAUUUUUAGUGAAAUAUCUCUAAAACUUUUGGAUUAGUUGCUGUAAAAUAUGGAGCAUUCAGGGUCCCUAUGGAGAAAAUGGUAAUAACUUUUGUGAUCCACUUACCUUUUCAUCUAGCGCCAUCAUCAGGUCAAAACAUUGAUUUUGUACAGUACUUAGAUUUAAUACCUGCAAAACAUUCCUAUCAUCCCUAGCUGUUGUUCAUGUCAAGUGCUAAUUAGUGAUAUGUUAUCACGCUAAAUUAAAAGAUGAUGAACAUGGUAAUAUUACCAUUUAGCACUGUGCCUAAGUAGAGCUUCAAAAAUCUGUGAGUAUGACUAGACUUUAAAUCUGGUUAUAAUCUGUUCAACAUAUGUUGUUCAUAUCUUAGUGAUGAUGAGAAGCAAAGCAUUGUUUCAGCUGUGUGCAGUAGUGACAGCUUCAGUUUGAUCUGCUCAGUACAGAAUGAUCCUGUGGUGCGUUUGUGAUGCUGCCAACUUUUCAAAACACAGUCUAAGUGCCAUCACAGUGUAUGCUGCAGAGUGUUUGACAGCACAUUUGAAUUGGGACCAAAAAGUGCUUUUCUUGUGAAUGAAAUCUGAACCUCUAGUAGUAUGCGGUAAGAAAAACGCGAGCAGUUACAGGUGUGAGGAUUUUAGCUCUCUUUGAACUGAAGAAGAGAGUUGUGGUGGUAUUUUAAUGGUUUACACUGUGAAGAUUCAACGUUUCACAGUAAUUUUGUUGUGGAAAAUCUAUUUGCACAGACAGCGAGUUAUGAUGGAUGAAUGCCUUGACCUAAUUUUUCUUACAGAAAAAAGCUUUUUAAAAGUUUUGAACAGAAAAUUAACCCGACCAUGCAAAAAAAGUAUAUAAAGGACUUUUUUUUAAUGUUUUUUGUUACAUGGUUGUAAGAAACCUGCAACAUUUACAGGGGAAAUUUGUUUUCUUGGCUUGUAGUUACUGUGUUGGGAUGAUUUGCAGUU